CAGAGAGUGAUUGUAUGGGAUACAGAUCAUCACAAAACCUGAGAAGAGUUGAUGAGUCUGGAUUGUUUUGUGUGUCUGAACCACUGAUUGGAUUCAGUGUGCAAGGACUGCAUAUGACUGCUGCUGGCUUGGCAGUAUGGUACACUGCAGCAGGAUGUGCUUUGGGUGGAGUGUACAGACUGUAUGACAUAAUGUCAGGAGCUUGUCUAGCCGAGCAUAAUUUGGCCAGUGACACCAUCGUGAUAACGGGUGGCUGCUUAGGGUUAAUGGAUGUCUUCCUCUCCCCCAGCUGUUUAUGGUUGUUUCUAGGAAACUUGUCCAGGGAUGUACUUGUCAACAAG